GUUAUGAUGGGUUUUGAUGAUAAAUGUGAACUGGAAGGUAAGGGAAAAGGACGAAUUAUUGUUGCUGAGUAUGAGAAUUACUACGUUAUAAAUGCAUAUGUUCCGAAUAGUGGUCGUGGUCUGGUAAAUCUGGAAAAACGAAAACUCUGGGAUGCUUAUUACCUCAAUUUUCUCAAGGGACUGGAUUCGAAGAAACCAGUGAUAUAUGUCGGAGAUCUGAACAAAUUCAUCAGCAGUCCUUGA